AUGCCCGCCGAUAAAAAUGUUAAAUUCAUUGCGUCUGCUAUGAGCGUCAACGAGAUGGACUUGAUGGCGACUCUUUUAGGAGCACACAACGCAACGAAAAUUCUAAAAUCCUAUCAAAGCUUUAUUUCCAACUACUACACCAGAAUAGACGAUUUGGAACAAAGGCUGAUGAACGUCGCGAUUCCGGUAAACGGUAGUAACUUCACUGCGACGGCCCGAGGACCAUCUCAAGACGUUAGAUUACGGAGAAUCAAUCAAAAACUGGCCAGACUCCAAACGUCCUUGCUGACGUUGCAACAACUUCUAUCAACCGAUGAUUGCGCUUUAAACCCCUGCAAAAAUGGUGGCGCGUGUAGGGAUCUGUUCAACGGUUUCCUGUGCGGAUGCCUAGACGGAUGGGAAGGUCCGACUUGCGAAAAAGACGUCAACGAAUGCGCUCGAUUUGCAGGAACCGACUUGGGGUGCCAAAAUGGCGCGACAUGCGUAAACCGACCGGGAACUUACGAAUGUCUAUGUCCGGAUCCUUGGAUCGGACUCCACUGCACUCGAAAAUCAUCGGACUGUAGUUCCGGAUCGACGGAUAUUUGCGGCCACGGCACCUGCAUCCCUCAAAACAACGCGGCCGGUUACAAAUGUCUUUGCGACCAAGGAUGGAUAAACGAUGGUCUCCACGCUGCGUGUUCUGCUGACGUGGACGAAUGUAAACUCGAUCACCCCCCGUGUUCUACGAAUCCUCUGGUGGGAUGUGUCAAUGUCCCAGGAUCGUUCUACUGCCACCAAUGUCCUCAGGGCUACACCGGCAACGGGUAUUACUGCGCCGAUAUCAACGAAUGCGAACUGUUUAAUGGCGGAUGCAGCGUGUCACCGUUUGUUGAAUGCGUCAACACCAUUGGGUCGAGUAAAUGUAGUUCUUGCCCGCCAGGGUACAUGGGCGACGGUAAAACCUGCAGCUACAAGGGUGUAUGCCAUGUCAACAACGGUGGAUGCAAUAUCGUUGCUAGAUGCGUGGAUAACCCAAGUAUAAGCGACACCUACGUUCAAUGUAUAUGUCCAGCGGGAUACACUGGGAACGGUAUAGGCGUCGCAGGUUGCGUUCCUGUAACAAAUUCCAGCUCUUGCCACCCCAAUCCGUGCGUCUACGGAACGUGCGUCGUAAAUAACCAAAGUUACAAAUGUAUUUGCCAGGCACCCUAUUCGGGGACGAAUUGUGAUAUCCUCGGCAAACCCUGUGAUUCGAAUCCCUGUCAAAAUGGGGGCACUUGUCAAAACGUCGGUCUGUCAUUCCGUUGCGCUUGUUUGACCGGAUUUUAUGGAAACGUAUGCCAAGAACAAAGAGAAUCUUGCGGAGGAAACCUAUACGGUGCCAACGGUACCCUAAAGUAUCCUCCGGAUGAUUUCAGCGCGUUCGGAAAAUCGACAGCGUUCAGCUGCGCUUGGAUUAUCCAGACCGACAUAAAUUCGGUCCUCAAUAUAAAAUUUGAGAAAUUUAAUCUCGCAGACGAGCCGUGUACGUACGAAUGGAUACAGAUACAUGACGGAAGAAACACGGUAGCCAAUCCGUUGGGACGAUUUUGUGGAACCGCCUUACCUUUAAACGGAACUUUCAAAACUACUCACAAUAUGGUUUAUAUUUGGUUUAAAUCCGAUAGGAGGACGACCACAAAGCCGCAGUUUGAAGUUAGCUGGAAAUCUGAAAACCCCAUGUGCAGCGAAAGUUUGCAAGCCUCCCACGGCACCAUCAAAUCGCCAGGGUCACCAGGAAAUUACCCAAACAACAGGGACUGUUUUUGGUUACUACAUCCCCAAGUUGGAAAAAGGUAUCUCUUUCAUUUCUAUUUGCUGGACAUCGGCAACAAUCCAGAUUGCUCCCGUGACUUCUUGGAGUUUUUCUCCGGAAUAAUUUUAAGAGAUUCGUGGAACCAAAGCAAACCGUUUGCGAAAUUUUGCAAUACUUCUCUACCGUCGCCAUUUUAUUCGCAAUCGUCUUUGGUGCUGAUACAUUUCCAUUCCGAUAAUAACACAAAUUACCGAGGAUUCCAGUUGACUUACUCUACCGUCGACGGCGUACCAGGGUGUGGGGGCGUUUUUACGUUCGAUAAUGGCAUUAUAAAAUCUGCGGAGCUAACUGAUGCUGCGCCAGAAACAAUUGAAUGCGACUAUACCAUUCAAACCAUGAGAAAAACUAGGAUUAAACUGACUUUUUUGGAAUUAGAUGUGCCAGAUGAUUCCAAUUGCCGCGACAACUACGUUGCCAUUUAUGAAGGGAUCUCUAGGUCGGCUCCCUUGAUAGGAAAAUAUUGUGGCACCACCUUGCCGGGAUCUUACACAUCCGUAUCUUCUGAUGUGCUCGUAGUUUCAAAAACGUGGAAAUCUAGAAAUCAUGGGUGGAAAAUACACUACGAAAUAAUAUGCGGAGAGCAAUUUACUGGCGCCGUAGGUGGAUUUACUUCAUCUCUAGGCACGAGCACCAGAACUUGUAUAUACGAAAUCAUACAACCAAUGGGUAAUCUAAUUAUUUUAAAUUUGGAGCUUAAUUUACUUGGAUCGUCUAACUCGUCGUGCGGAGUAUCCAGUCAUCUUGAGGUCAGAGAUGGAGACAGCGCGAAUUCCACCUUAAUCGGAAGAUACUGCGGACGAACGAAGAUUAAAGUUGAAUCGUCGACGAACCAUUUGUGGCUAAAGUUCUACAAAACUAGUUUCUUCGAAAAUUUCAUUGCAAACUACACGUCGAUCGACGUCGGAUGCGGCGGCAUUCUAAGAAAAGAACUAGGAACCAUAUCCUCUCCGGUGACUCAGGCUCACACCGGUGCGUACCCCGCUCACGCUAAUUGUCAGUGGGUCAUUAUCGCACCACCCGGAAAGGUUAUCCAGCUGACGUGGAUGAUGUUUAGCCUUGAGCAGAGCUUCGAUUGUACUUACGACUACGUUCAAAUAUUCGAUAACGCCACGGAAGGCUUAGGUGGACUGAUGGGCAAAUACUGCGGUCAUACUUUACCGCCAGUAAUGCUAUCCACCUCCAAUAUAAUGACCAUAACUUUUAUUUCUGACACAACAAUCAGCAGCGAAGGAUUUCUGGCUUCAUACACGUUCAUUAAAGAAACGAACGUAUGCGGGGGAAAUUAUUUCACCGCGGGCGGAGUGAUAAAAUCUCCCGGAUACCCCAACCAAUAUCCAAUCAACCGAGAGUGUACUUGGACCAUCACCGUCCCCAGCGGCAGACAAAUAAUGCUUAACAUCGACGACUUUAAUAUCGAAUCGUACGCUAAUUGCAAGUACGACUGGUUGGAAAUAAGAAACGGUGGAACGUCCGCUUCUCCACUCAUAGGAAGAUACUGCGGGACGACCAUACCCAAAGCCAUACCGUCACACGCAAAUAAAUUGUUCGUCAAGUUUUCUUCAGACAUGAGCCAGACAGGGCAUGGUUUUAAAAUGACUUGGUCGUCCGCAUCAACGGGUUGCGGUGGUACUCUCAGUUCACCAUCGGGUUCGAUAAUCUCUCCACACUAUCCAGAACUGUACGCUAAAAAUACGGAUUGCAUAUGGAAGAUAACAAUUAGCGCCGGUGCGAAAAUUCAAGCCAUGUUUGUUGAUAUCGAUUUAGAAAAACACAGCGUUUGCGGACUGGACUUUGUCGAGCUCUUCGAUGGACCUCUGAGGAAUUCGAAAUCGCUGGGAAAGUACUGCACGACCACGACCAACCCGAUAACAUCAAGCGGCAAUUCUAUGUUAGUCCGAUUUAAGUCAGAUAUAAGCUUCCAAGGCAGAGGAUUCAAUCUUCAGUAUUCCACGCUGUGUCACAAUACUUUGACCGGAUUUAGAGGAGUGAUAGAAAGUCCGAACUUUCCCAAUGACUACCCCCAAGAUCAAAAUUGCGAAUGGCAUAUAGUAGUACCGCAAAAAAAUCGCAUCAACAUAACAUUCUCUCAUUUUCAGUUGGAACGGUCGAUUACUUUAGGAAGCAACAAUUGUUCCUUCGAUUACGUUGAGAUUGAGUAUUUGGAGAGUCAGCCGUCACCUGAUGACGGGGAACAGGUUUACACCAAGUACGGACGCUACUGCGGAGAUAACAAUCCAGGAUUGAUCACGAUCAAUUCAGAUCAAGCGAAAAUCCAUUUUGUAAGUGACAGUUUGCUAUUGGGAUCCGGAUUCAGGAUCGAGUGGCAACUUUUCGGUUGCGGGGGGAUUCUGACGGACCCUGUGGGGGAAAUUAAGUCACCCAACUAUCCACGGGGUUACCCACCGAACAUCGAAUGCAAAUGGAUUAUAAAAGUAGCGCCAGGAAAUAGUAUCGAAAUCACGUUCAUAGAAAUCGAUGUUGAAAAGGACGAUGUCUGCGACUACGAUUUCAUUAAGAUUUACAAUGGAGAAGAUGAAAACUACAACCUGAUAUCCCAGUUUUGCCACCAAUUAAAACCCAUUACAUUGACCACCACAGGGAAUACAGCGUUUGUGCAUUUUAUAGCAGAUUACAGCUAUCAGGGAAAAGGUUUUAUAGCGAACUACUCCUCAGUACCUACAAGUUGCGGUGGGACACUUACGGCGCCGUCCGGUAGCAUAUUUUCACCCAACUAUCCCAAAAACUAUCGCAAAAAUGACACCUGCGGAUGGUUGAUCGAUAUCGAUGAAAAUCACGUGAUAGAGUUAGAAUUUGAAGACGUUGACUUAGUAAAGAAUCGCUUAGUGACUUGCCAGACCAACUACAUCAAAGUUUUCGAUGGUCCAACACAGGGAUAUCCCGUUUUACAAACGAUUUGCGGAAACGAAAAACCGAAUGGAACGAUAAUAUCCUCGUACAAUCAGAUGUAUAUCGAAUUCAGAGCUCAUUCCGCGUUAACUAGCAAAGGGUUCAUGGCAAAAUACAAAAAGGGCUGCGGAGCGAGGAUAACCACCCAAGGCAGUGGUACCAUACAGUUGCAUAAAGAAUUUGACGUGGGUGCAGCAGGAAACUGCUCCUGGACCAUAGAGUCACUCGAUCGAUCUAAACACAUUACAUUAACUAUAACGCAUAUGGGCUCGAAUUACAAUUGGUGUCCCGAAGACGAACAUCAAGUGUCGAUUUAUAACGGACCAUUUAGCGAUUCGCCUUUAUUGGGAGGGUACUGUGGCACUAAAGUGCCUCCCCCAUUGGUAACGGAUGGAUCCACCAUGCAUAUUGUAAUCAAGGAGAAUGUAGACUUUUUCGCUACCUACUCGGUGAUGGAUUCCCAAUGCGGAGGUACUUUGACGUCCAUGGACGGUUAUUUUGCAACACCGGGAUACCCCAAUAAAUAUCCGUUUGACAUGCAAUGCGAAUGGACCAUCGCAGCGGCUCCCGGCAAUCAGCUAAUCAUAAACUUCAUCGAAUUUGAUAUAUUACAAUCGGAAAACUGCAACACUGAUUAUUUAGAAAUUCGACAGGGUAAUUCUUCGGGAAAUUUACAGGGAGUUUAUUGUGGAAAUCAAGGACCCACCAACCUCACCCACGUAGGUAGUUUGUGGAUGCUUUUUAAGGGUAGCCCGCGGAAUACCUCGAACCAAGAAGUAACAGCUAAAGGAUUCUACGGCCAAUAUUCAAGAAGUAUCGAAAACCAGAUCUUUGGUAAACGAGGUGUGAUUGCGUCUCCUUUCUACCCGCAACAAUUUACGGGUUUUGCAACUUAUACGUGGACAAUUACGGUGCAAACCAGAAUGAAAAUCCAAAUAAUAUUUAAAGAAUUCUUCAUGGAAGAAGGCGAGGAGGGAGUUUGCCACUCGACCAGUCUAAAAGUUUAUGAUGGGCCAGAUACGUCGUCACUUUUAUUAGGUCAUUUUUGCGGAAAUAGUAUCCCAGACCCAGUAACAUCGUCGUCCAAUGUGGUAACCAUCGGUAUGGAAGUAUUUUCUUCACGUAUGGGUUCAAUUUUCUUAUUCGAAUGGGAAGAAAUCGGUAGCAGUCCAAGAUUAGUUUCUACCAACUCUUCAGAUUGCCAAGAAAGCAUUUUUAUCAACGAAAUACACAACUAUACUCUAAAAUCCCCGGGGUAUCCGAAUGGAUACGGAUCGAACCUGAACUGCGAAUGGAUCUUCAGCACGAUUCCGAUGAACCACCUGAAAAUCACAUUUAAAGUGAUCGAUCUAUUUACAUUCGCUAACCGGCUCUGCAAUCGAGCUGAUGUUAUCGAAGUCUACCAGAGAAAACAUUCUAAUCGGGGCUGGGAAUUGGUUCGACAAAUAUGCGAAAAUGAGGAUGAGGAAACUAUUAUCCAUGGCACUCAUCUAAUGAAAGUCGCGUUUAAAACCAACCAGUUCCUCAAUAGGUCUGGUUUUCUCGCUGAAGUCCAAGAAGAUUGCGGCGGAAGCCUGACCGAUCCAACUGGGUAUAUCAAUUUCAAUGAAAAAUCUCCUCAAACUCGAGAAUGCCAAUGGAACAUAACCGUACGUUCUGGCAGAACCAUCGAACUUGGUUUCGUGGAAUUUAAUUUGGGACCCAAUGUUACGGGAGGAUGUCACAACUAUUUAAUGAUCCGGAACGGGCAAUAUUCAGAUAGUCCGAUACUAGGUAACGGAAAGUAUUGCGGCAAUGACAUACCAUCACCAAAUGUGCUGAAGUCAACGGGAAACCACAUAUAUGUCAAAUACACAGGCAGCGGCCUUAUCCAGGGAUUCAAGUUGAAGUACCAAGAAAUAGGUGUCGAGUGUGGCGGACAAAUUAUUCUGUCAGCGUUUGAUAAUUUCACAGAAAUAUCGUCACCAAACUAUCCGAACAUACCCACUCCACACACAGAAUGCAUCUGGAUUAUCAGAGCACCAGCGGGAGAAAUUUUGCGUAUCGACUUUGAAGAAAGAUUUGAUUUGACCAACGACCCUAACUGCAAUCAAGAAUAUGUUGAAAUAAGAGAUGGCGGUACCGAAUAUUCCCCCGCGAUAGGUAGAUACUGCGGAGAUAGUCCGAGCAGUAAUUUUUCAUCCGACAAUAUAAUGUACGUAAAAUUCUUCACUAACGUCGACGACCCUAAAAACGGGUUUAAAGCCAAAGUAUCCAUCGGUUAUUGCGGUGGUACGUUGCGAGGUACCACGGGUGUCAUCCAAUCGCCGGAAUACAGAAGUUUCGAAAGAAGUGUAAAUUGUACCUGGCACAUAAAAGGACCUAUAGGUCAUUACUUGGAUAUCUCUUUUACGAAAUUUAACCUUAUGGGCACGGCAGUAUGCAAUAAGGGCAGCAACCAGGUUCGUUUGGUACAAGUAAAUCCUUAUUAUAAAAAUGCUAGCGAACUGGCGACUUAUUGCGGAAGAAAACUUCCAGACAACAUAACGACGGUAACCAACGAAGUGAUAGUGCAAUAUCAAGGAACCAAUUAUCAGCAACAAUCAUUUUCACUGACAUUUACCAGUAGCCAAGAGGAAUGUGGCGGAACAUUGUCGCAAGAAACUGGAACCCUUACGUCGCCUGGAUAUCCGAUAAUGAACCACAAAAACCGAUACUGCUAUUGGCAAAUCAGGGUGCCGAAAGGUCGGAGAAUUAGUUUUUACGUUGAAGAUUUCGAUUUGGACCAAUCCGGGCAUUUCAUAUUCGUCGGAAUUUUCAACGGCUUCGAUGUGGGACCGAAAAUUGCUUUUACCCGAGAUCUAGCUACUGAUAAAACCUUCUAUUCGACCGAUAACACAGCACGUAUUAUUUUUUGGUCCCAAUAUCCUUCGACGCAUCGUGGGUUCAAAAUAACGUAUUCUUCCAAUGAGCCGACAAUUUGCACUGGCGAUUUUAAUCAAACGAAUGGAAUAAUCACCCAUCCAAAUUAUACAAAAGAAUAUGUUUGUCAAUGGGUGCACGAUAACUUUAAUCCGAAUGAGACGCUAGCCAUGACGGUAACUGUCGCGACGAAUGUUACUUUUAAAGGAACCGCUUGCUUAGCCAGCAACACGGCUUUGACCAUAACCGACCAAGACAACCAUUUAAUUUACGUUAUUUGCUACACCACGUCUAGUCCGAUCGUUAUUAGGUCUCCGUUUUUAAUGACGAAAUUACUGGCCCAAACACGUCCUACGUACUAUUUAAAUUUUUCCAUUAACUACAAAACACAUCCGUGUGGCGGCCGAAUCGUCGGGGAAGAGGGUUCCAUUGCUAGUCCCAACUAUCCGAAUAAACCCGAAAUACCGUACGAAUGUGCUUGGGUAUUGACGAUAGGUUCUGAACAAACUGUGAAAAUUCAAAUACAAUCGUUAGAUUUGGGUAGCGAUUGCGAUAAACAUUCGCUAUCGAUUUACAACGGCCCGUCGGCUAUCCAUCCUCGAAUCGGAAAAUAUUGCCGAGAUGACAAACCCGACCAAAGCAUUCUAGCACAAUCGAAUAAAGUUUAUAUAGAAUACAGAUACGAGCCAGGUCAGCAAAGCAGCGGGAAAGGAUUUAACUUAACGUAUACACCGGAUAUAACAGGUUGCGGAGGGAUAUUCCACGACAAAUCGCGAAUAAUACAAACUCCAAAGUAUCCCCAAGACUACUCCAAUAACGUGGAAUGCGUGUGGGAGGUCCGUAGCAACCCCGGUAACUUCAUUAAACUAAAUUUCAUCGAAAGAUUUCACAUCGAAGAGGUAACCGAUUGCGUCAACGACUACGUCGAAGUAUUCGACUUCAGGGACGAUAGUUGGAUGUCACUGGGAAGAAAAUGCGGUAGAACAGCCCCCGAUGAAUUCCGAUCAACAACCAACAAAAUGAAAAUAAUAUUCCGGAGCAACGAUAAAAUAAGCGCCAGCGGAUUUAAAGCAAAAUGGGAUUGGCACUGCGGGGGAAGUUUCGAAGCGACCGAUGUCGCCAGGUAUAUAGUCAGUCCGGAUUAUCCCAACGUUUACAAAGGCCAAUUGAAUUGCGUUUACAACAUCACUAGCAAAAAUCGAAACGUCUUGUACGUCCAAUUUCUAGAUUUUGAUUUGGAGAGAGGCUUUCCCGAUUGUCGUUUCGAUAACGUUACCCUAUCCGGGGGGACUUUCCCUAUUUCAUUCGGCCGACGAAAGACGAACGAUGUAUAUUGCGGCAACAGCCUUCCACCCCUUGUAAGAAUGCGACAAGCAGUCACCAUCACUUUCAAGACUGACAAAUAUGUCUUCGGUAACGGUAGAGGGUUCAAAUUUUUGUACAAAGAAGAAAAUUGCGGGGGAAUUAUAACAAAACCAUCCGUUAUCGAGGCAGCUGACAUCAGUACAUCUGUAAGAUUUUACCAACCCUUCAUGCAUUGCCAGUGGAACAUCACCGCACCUAGUGAUCAGAUAGCAGUUCUAAACAUCCAAAAAUUAUCCAUGUCAAACUCCGCAAUCGGGGGUCGUUGUUUGAGCCAAUCGUUGCAAGUAUUCAACGGCGAAGAGAAGUCUGGCAACAGAUUAAUACAACUCUGUGGCGUAAUUAAAGAUAAUGUCGUCGUUCCAUCGGAUUCCGGCAAAAUGGUGGUGAAAUUGAGUACAUCGGCACACAGUUUUCGCGGUUUUAUGGGAGAAGUUUAUUUCACAUACGGACCUACCAAAGGUUGCGGUGGGUUUAUAAAUUUAACCGAAUCGAAAAUUAUCCAUUCUCCAAACGAUCUGUCGGAUCUAGAUUGUCAAUGGAAAAUAAUGGCCCCCAAAGACUACAAAAUUCAAAUGAAUUUUACGGCUAUCAAAAUUCCCGGACACUGUGGACGAACAGCCAAGAAUUUUACUUAUUUCUGUACAUGUGCCUUUAUAGAGAUUAACGACGGAGGUGGCCCAUUUUCAGAACUUAUGGCAAAGUUAUGUAGUAGCGAUAACAGAAUGCCUAGAUCCCUAACCACCUCAUGGAAUACAGGAUUUAUUAGAAUGUUCGUAGCUGGAACCUUUAACGAUGUCUUUUCGGUAACUCUCACUCCCAUAAGAGGUCUGUGCGGCUCAUCGGAGCUACAUGUAACGAACCAAUUACAAAUUCUGACCUCCCCGAACUAUCCCAACUCAUAUCCAGAAGAAAUAAAAUGCACGUGGGUGCUGCACGCCGAAAUGUUUAAGAAAAUCUUCUUACAUUUUGAGGAAUUUGACUUGGUCGACGAAGGCGAAAGAAACAAACUGACUAGAUGCGAGCAGGACAAAUUGGAAAUAAUAGAAGAUCCUAAUAGGGAGUUUAUAAGCGAAGGAUUCGGCACCAGUGCAGUGCACGCUCAACAAAGUGCUCAAACGCUGCAUUAUAUGUCCCGGGAAUAUAACAGACACGGAUUUUGCGGCCGAAACGACAAACCUUUUGACUUUUAUUCCGCGGAUAACACUGUAACUAUUGCUUUUAAGAGUCUCCCAUCCGGACACAAAGGCAGAGGAUUUAAAUUAUUAUAUGGUACCUCAGGCUGCGAUCGAAAUUUAACUGAAGAUAACGGAAGAUUGGUUAACAGCCAUAACAGCAAUAGAAACGAUUGUACAAUAUCGAUAACUGUACCCGAAAACCACACUAUUUCAUUGUACUUUUUAUUAUUCUACACAUCGCAACGGCCCGACUGCAAGGAUUUGGGAAUCGAGAUCCGAGAAACGAAUUCUACGGGAACUGAAUUACUACGUGCUUGCGGUUUCAAAUUGCCCAAUCCGGUGUUUUCCAACACAAAUAAAUUGUGGAUCCAAUUCCACAAUUUACCAAACUUCAUUUCGAGAUAUGACAUAACGUAUACCUCAUCACCAAAUGGACCAGGUUGCGGUGGUACCAUUUACAACUACAAAGGUGUUUUUGCAAGUCCCUUGUACCCGAAUCAAUACCGAAAAGAUUUCGAAUGUGUUUGGAUAAUACGAGUUCCUUUGGAACAUGAGCUAAUUUUAAGAAUAACAGAAUUCGAUAUACAGGGCGGAUGUGAUCGUAACAAACUUAUGAUAACUACAUAUGAGUAUGACAAUUCCGAAUCCAUGAAUCAUAUCUACUGCGCACAGGACAAACCUGCUGAACUGCGUUCUAAAGGUCAAACCAAAGUCACCUAUUACUCAACCGUUAGUAAUGGCGGCACAGGAUGGUUGGCACGAUUUCAAGCUGUUAGGCCCGGAGAAACUUUGUUGUAAAUGACAACCGAUUAAAGAUACUCACAAGGUUUUUAAAUAAAAUAAAUCGUCGAAUACUCAAAAAGAAAAAAAUGUAAAUG